AUCGUCAAAUAGUCAUGAUCGCUUGAAUAAAGGGUCAUAGGUGAUGACGGUUCGUGGGUUUGUGUCACUUGAACUUGUUUUACUGGGUACUCUUCCUUUUUCAUCGAGAAGUCCAUACCGUGUGUACGCGUGGAUUAGAUAUUAGCUCCAAAUUCCAAAAUGAAGAUCUACAAGGAUAUCAUUACAGGUGACGAGAUGUUCUCGGACACGUAUAAAGUUAAAUUAGUUGAUGAAGUAAUUUACGAAGUCACCGGAAAGUUAGUCACAAGGAAGCAUGGAGACAUUGCUAUUGAUGGCUUCAAUCCGUCCGCAGAGGAAGCCGAUGAGGGUACCGAUGAGGCAGUUGAAAGUGGCGUUGACGUCGUUCUCAAUCACCGUCUCUGCGAAACAUUUGCCUUUGGUGAUAAGAAAUCCUACACCCUCUACCUCAAGGACUACAUGAAGAAAUUGAUUGAGAAAUUGCAAGAGAAGCACCCGGACCAAGUGGACACCUUCAAAAAUAACAUGAAUAAAGCCAUGAAAGAUAUCCUGGGGCGAUUUAAGGAGCUGCAAUUCUUCACGGGUGAAUCAAUGGACUGCGACGGAAUGGUGGCAAUGAUGGAAUAUCGCGAUAUCGAUGGCGAUUCCGUUCCCAUUUUGAUGUUCUUCAAGCACGGUUUGGAAGAGGAGAAAUUUUAAGAUGUACCACACGCAAUUUUUUUUUCAACAGCCUUCAUUCCUCGGAGAUUCUUCUGUUCAUUUUUUUCUUUAUUUUUGAGAUUAACACCAUUACAAACAAAUUAUCUUAUUGACAAUGCCACAAGAUAUCUCUAAAUAACAACAAAA